AUGUUUGCAGCGGCUCCGCCGGGCCUCUCCCAGGUCGCGGCCAUGCUGGCGCCACGCGUACACGGCGCUGACGCAGACCAGGUGGAAUCGUUCCUCAGGGUGGCGCUGGGGGAUCGCGGCGGCAGCGGGCUACGGGUGGUGGUGGAAGGGAGCGACGCCGCUGCGCAGGUCUUUGGCGCCGCGUUUGCCCUGGACGCGCUGAGCUCGCUGGCGGCCGUGAACCGCGCCAACUGCUCCAAGCUCGCGGCGCUGGGGCGGGACGUCAUCAUAAUCCUGGAUGCUGCGGGCCGCAAGGGAGCCAGCGUGGAUCCCACGAUGCUGAGCGCCCUGGCCGCCUGCUUUGACGAUUGCUGCGCCCUGGUGGACAGCUUCUCUCAGACUGGCUGGCUGCUGCGCGUGGCCUGCGACGAGCAGCUGCGCGAGGAGUUUGUGACAAUGCACGAGGCCGUUCAGGAGAUCCUCAAGGUGUUCUUAAGUGACAACCUCGCGCAGCUGCCGGGCGGCCGCGACAUGCCGGCGGCUGACUACGCCAACCUGCACAAGGUCGUGCGGCGCACACUCAAGCAGCUGGGCCGCGGUGACGUCACUGCCGGCGUGCUGGCGGCGCGAGAUGCCGACUCUGGGGCUGCCAAGGAGCUGGCGGCGCAGCUGGAGGUCAAGCCCUCCCAGGUGGCGGCCGAGGCGCGCCGCGUGCCGGAGUCUGGCCUCGGCAUUGACGCCCUCUUCAGGAGCCUGCUGCAGGCUGCGUCCCCCGGCUUCCCUGGCAGCGGCCUGCCUGGUGGCGCUGGCGGCAACGCGCCGGGGGCGGGGGGAGACCAGGCUGAGGACUUCCGCCGGCUGUUCGAGUGGUACGACGCUGACAAGAGCGGCGCGAUAGAGCUGCCUGAGCUGCAGCGCGUGCUGUCCGACCUGGGCCUGCUGGAGGGCAAGGCGGCGCGCGAGGUCGCGGCCUGCGUGGAGGCCAACAUGCGCGCCGCCGACGAGGCGGGCGAGGGCGUGCUCAGUCUGGAGGCGUUCAGCAGGUGGUAUGCGACGCUGGGGGUGAGCCAUGCGCGCCAGCAGCUGCGCUCCAAGAUGGGGCUCCAGGCCGAGGAUGACCUGCGCUCUGUGUUUGCCGCGUUCUCGUCGUUCGGCGCGCGCGAGGCCGCAGCGCGCGACAUGGACGGCGCGGCGCUGAUCAAGAUGGUGCGCGACGCGGGGCUGCUGGGCGGCGGCCUCACGCCCACGGCGGUCGACCUCGUCUUUGCAAAGGUCAAGUCCAAGGGAGUGCGUCGCAUCACUUUUGACCAGUUCCUCUCGGCCCUCUGUGACUUUGCCGACAAGAAGGGCACAAGCUUCGAGGAGGUGGCGGCGCGCGUGCUUCAGGCGGGCGGCCCUGUGGCCACCGCCACCAAGGCCGACGCUGUGCGCCUGCACGACGACAGGUCUCAAUACACGGGCGUGCACAAGCGCGGCGGCCCCACCGCCGUCGACGACGUGUUUGACCUGGCGGCCUUCCUGGACCGUGACAAGAGCGCCGCCGCGGCCAACGCUGCCGCCCCCGGCGCGCCCGGCGCCGGGGCGGCGGCCUGCAGGGACAGGCGGGUGUCGACCGCUGGCAGGAGCCCGGGGCUGCCGGUGUCGCGCGUGGUGACGCCCGCCGCCUCGCGCCGCACGUCAACCGGGCCCACAACACCCGGGCUCAGCGCCGCUCCCACCGCUGCCAACAGCCGGCGGGUGUCCCACUCGGGCGACGACGCGGCUUUGUCGGGGCCCGCGCCCCUGCAGGACGUGUUUGCCUCCUUUGCGCGCUUUGGCAUCCACGACCGCGACGCCGGCGGCGCACGGGCCGCGGCCGCGGCCACGCCGCCCGUGCGGCGGUUUCAGACGUUCGCCGCGACACCCGACAGCGUGGGCAAGGGGCCGGCCACGCUGGGGGCGGUGCAGAUGGACGGCUUCAGGUUUGCCAAGCUGUGCCGCGAGGCUGGCCUGGUGGACGGUAAAAAGCUCAGCCUGACCUCUGUCGACCUCAUCUUCACCAAGGCAAAAGCCAAGGGGGCGAAGAAGAUUGGUUUCGACGAGUUCAGGCGCGCUCUGCAGAUGGUGGCCGACGCCAAGGGCUGCGCCCUGGACGCCGUCGCGUCCGCCGUCGAGGGCUGCGGCGGGCCCGCCAUCGGGAGCGCCACCACGCCGGACGCGGUGCGCUUCCACGACGACGCGCGGCGCACGCCCGCUGCGGCAGGCGCGGGCGGCGGCGGCAGGGACUGCUGA